AUGCAGUUGCGUUGUAGGACUCCCAUCAUCUCUUGCCACGUGAACGACGCGAUCACGGUGGUGUCAGCGAGGCGUUCAUGUCUUUCUGGGUGUAACGUGUUGCCAUGGAGAAAAAACGCCAUGCUUAGCGUGUUGCCCCACCAACGUAGUCUAGCGUCGGUCAAAGGGGUAAGAUGGGCAUCGGCAGAGACAGUUUCGGCGGCGGCGGUUUCUCCCUCUUCUUCGCGCAUCUUACUCGACGGUGCUGGUGACUUCAUCGAUUUGGGCCUUGACGAAAGUGAGACGGAGCAUGUGGUUUCGGCGGUGUCGUGGGAGCAGCAGCCUGCGCUCGGGGUGGUACGGGCGCCUGAGAUUCCUGAGGGGCAAGAGUACUCGCGGCUCAACAUCCCUCUCGCCCACCCACGUGCUGGUCGAGCAGAGCCGCGGCCUAACAGUCGCAGCAUUGCAGCUGCGGAUGACAUGCCUUGCGUCUCUAAUAAGCUCAGCAAAAAUGAGGAUGAAAGCCAGGAUGCCAUCGAUCUCGCGGACAUGCAGAGCAAUUUCACAGAGGGGGGCGAUGGGGAUGCGGGAACCCUCCCGUACGAUGAUGAACUUUUUGCCGAAAUGCUGCUUAAGAUGGAAGUUGAGGGUGCUAUUGAUGAAGCGUGGCAAGAUGCACGCAAAGCGCAUAUAGAGGACGUAAUGGAGCUUGUGGAAGUCCUUCGUUCACUUAAGGUACGUGAAAUUUGCGCCGUAGAUGUCUCGGCGAAGACAGGCAAUUUUGACUACAUAGUUAUUGGGACCUGUGAAGGACCGCGACACAUUCACUUAGCCGCGUGGGCGGUUCAGGAAGCAGACUCCCUGAAACGCGUCUCUAAGAUUAGGCGUAAGCAGACGGAUCAUACGUGGGAAGUGGUGCCUGUUGGGAGAAUCAUAGUAAACCUUAUGCAGGAGCCUAUUCGUGAGGAAAUGGCGCUCGAGCGCAAAUGGGCAGUGACGAAGUGCAUGGAUCCUCUCACCGUAGCCAAUGCACCAGUGAGUGAGGGAAGACAGGUGAAAGCCCAUGGACUGUGGACGCUGACGCUUAAUUUGCAGGAUUUGGAAGACUUUGAGGUGGAUUACUGCAAAGAUGUCUUGAUGCGACAGUUGUAG